GCUCCGUGAAGUUUCAGUGACGGGGGCAUCACUGCAGCGCACUGAAGGAAAGGAAAGAACAGAAGGGAAAAGAAGGGAGAGAGGUGCGCCAUCCAUCCAUCUAUCCAUCCACUGAAUGUUCCCGCAGGACUUUAUUUACGUACGGCUGCAUGAGAGGCUUUGAGCUCUCGCGCUUUCUCUCUCCGGGACUGUUGGGUUACUGGUUCUGUCCUGAUAUCAAGCAGUUGUCAUAAUAAUAUAACCGAACUCUUCGCGUCAGGACGGACGCAGGUGGUCAUGGGUACACCUAUCAGAUGGAAAGUAAAGCGGAGGUUUAAGGAGGUGCGGCUCUCGGUAUUCCUAGUAUUCCUGAUGUUUGUCACCUCACGAGUCAGCGCAGCUGAGCCAGCCGAUCUCCUAAAGAUUUUAGAUUUUCACAGUUUGCCGGAGGGUGUAUCGAAAACUACAGGCUUCUGCACACACCGGAAGUCAUCGAAAGGGCCUGAUGUCGCCUACAGAGUCACAAAAGAUGCACAGGCUUAGCACUCCAACUAAACAACUCUACCCCUGUGAGUACAAAACACACAC